UACAGCAACAAAAAAUAACACAGCUGUUUUUACUUUGGCUGUGGUAGCUUCUGAAUAUAAACUGCUUUACAUUAACAAACUUUUCACAAGAUUACAAAUGCAACAUCUACCACAUCAUCUCAUCCAUCUGGCUGUUUUUCCAAACAGCUACAGCUCCCUACAGAGUGGGGAGGUUGAUUAGCCAAUUAGCACGCCUCGUUUGCAGGUGUGACCGCUCAGUUUAAUCUGGUGCAGGUUGUCUGGUAAUUCUAAAAUGGGUUCAGUGUGCUGGCUCAUAAAUAUCCUAAAUCAAACCUUCCUUCUGAGAGGUCAAUUUCAGAAUUCACUUUCUGACUUUUCUCCACAGUGAGGGUAAAGUGUCACUCAUUUAUUCAGUGUCAUAUAUAAUUAAAUCUAAAAGAAAUGGGAGAUCUAGGCUCAAAGCUCAAGAAAGACGGAUUUCAAACAGUGGGGCUUCAGACCUGAGUCAGUAAUGCCUGAACGAACUCCCAAUGAGUUGUUGUCAAAAAAGGAAUGAAAUGCGUCCCUAUGGCCUAAGGAGGAGUAUUCGAUGUCCUCAGAAAUAUGGGGAGACGACUAAAGAGAGGAAAUACAUGGUGGCCCCAGCUACCGAUUUGUACUGUCUGUGUGAGCAGAGUGAAGCAGACCCCCAGAAACCCCUGGAUGACAGAUAUAUAAGAAACGCUGCCGUUCUUCCUGAUCUAAAUCUGCCCCACAGCGACAGAGGCCUCGCUGGAGAAGAGAGGACCUCCGUCAGCGUGUCAAACCCCCAGCCGGGCCCUCUGAUGAUCCACGGCUUCACAGUGCCAGAGUUCCAGCAGACGUAUCGCUCCGUGGUGGACCCUCUGCUCUUCAGGCCCUGCGGGAAGCUCGCAGCCUACAGUCUGGAGCGGGGCCGUGACAUAAAGGACCGUCUGUUCCAAGAGCUGGCCUACCCCACACUUCAAAUCUCAGAGCAGCAAAAUGGAAAGCUGGAGGUGAUGGAGAGGUUUUGUGUGCUCCGCCCGACACCUUUCAUAGAUAUUGAAAGUAAUGGGGAACCUCAGUGAUAUCCUCCUGCUGAGUUUUGUAUGAUUAUCAGACAUGUUCUUUUCUGUUAUGAGCCAUUGUUUUUCUUUUUAUGUCACUUGAUACUUUAUAUAUUAAGAUUUUGUUUUCCUUGAAAAGUUGUGGCAGAUGGAUUGAUAUCUAAAAUGUGUGUUGAAAAAAUGUCAAUUGUUUGACAUUUACAAUAAAGCUCCUCUUUAAAGCGGUUUCAAAAAACACACAAUGCAAGACCAAAUAAACCAAAAUCUGUGAA